AUGUUUCGUGAGGUCAAGAACAUCACCUGCGUCGGGGCCGGUUACGUGGGUGGACCGACAUGUGCCAUGAUCGCCAAUAAGUGCCCGGAUAUUCGCGUUACGGUCGUUGACAUGAACACGGAGAAGAUUGCCCAGUGGAAUUCCGAUGAACUGCCGAUCUACGAGCCGGGCCUUGAAGAGGUCGUCAAAACACACCGCGGCAAGAACCUGUUCUUCUCUUCUGACGUCCCGAAGGCCAUCCGCGAGGCCGAUCUGAUUUUCAUUUCCGUCAACACUCCUACGAAAAUGUACGGCCGUGGAAAGGGCAUGGCUCCGGAUCUGAAGUACGUUGAAUCUGUGGCACGGACGAUUGCCGAGCACGCCGGAGGGCCAAAAAUCGUUGUCGAAAAAUCUACCGUACCCGUCAAGGCUGCCGAGAGCAUCACCACCAUCCUCCGUGAAGCCCAGAAACACAACGCCGACUUGCAUUUCCAAGUCUUGUCCAACCCGGAAUUCCUGGCUGAAGGCACUGCUAUGCGAGACUUGUCCAACCCAGAUCGCGUCCUGAUUGGUGGAGAAUCGAGCCCUGAUGGCUAUGAGGCGGUCAGCCACCUCGUCCGCGUCUAUGAACAUUGGGUCGACCGCUCGAAGAUCAUCACCACCAACACGUGGAGCUCGGAGCUGAGCAAGCUGGCGGCAAACGCAUUCCUUGCUCAACGCAUCUCUUCAAUCAAUGCUAUUUCGGCAAUCUGCGAAGCAACUGGAGCUGAUGUCGGAGAGGUUGCCCACGCAGUAGGACACGACUCGAGAAUCGGUGGAAAGUUCUUGCAAGCCUCCGUUGGUUUCGGUGGCAGUUGCUUCCAAAAGGAUGUCCUUUCCCUGGUCUACCUCUGCGAGUCACUAAACCUUGGCAAGGUCGCCAACUAUUGGCGCGGCGUGAUCGAGAUCAACGACUGGCAACGGCGACGAUUUGCCGACAAAAUUGUCGGAGAGCUCUUCAACACGGUGGCGGGCAAGAAGAUCGCCAUGCUCGGUUUUUCCUUCAAGAAGAAUACGGGUGAUACUAGGGAAUCCUCUGCCAUCUACGUUGGAAAGCAUCUUCUGGAAGAGUGUGCAGAGCUUCAGUUCUAUGAUCCGAAGGUCAGCGAGACGCAGAUUCGAUCAGAGCUCGCUUUGGUUUCUGGAAAAGAGAGCGUUGAUCGGCUCGUCAAGGUCCAUUCCUCAGCUUAUGAAGCUUGCAAAGGAGCGCAUGCAAUCGUGAUCCUGACCGAGUGGGACGAGUUCAAGACGUUGGACUAUAAGCGGAUCUACACGACAAUGGAGCACCCGUCGGCAGUGUUUGACGGAAGAUUGAUUCUCGACAAAAAGAUGCUGCGUGAUCUGGGCUUCCGUGUCUUCGCCAUUGGCUCAGCCCCCGACCAAGCCUACAACAUGUUCGGGACGGCCGGAUGCGGAUCCGGCGGUGACAGCUCCCCGAACCGC